UAGAUACAUACAUCGAGCUGAACAUUAAACAAAGCUAAACAUUUCCUGCAGUACAGGAAGUGGUUUGAUUUAAAGCUUCAGGUUUGAGAAGAAAAGCAAAAGAAUGACAACUACAGGAAAGAGGGCCGCCCACAGAAAAGAAAUGACUAACACAGGCUUGUGGCCCAGAGCAAGCACAGUUUAAAAAGAUCAGUAUUGCGCUCAACCUCAGCCUUUGCAUUUGUGAAGCUUAUUUGUGAUGUUGGUGGGAUCUUUGUUAUUAGUUUGGCUUUAGGUUUUGUUUGUUUGUUUUUUGUUUUUUUACCACAGUGGAACAAGAUGUCUCCUCUUAGCUUCAACAUCUUCAUCGUCUUCAGUUUAAUUUUUCACCAGAGUCACGCUUUCCGGGUGAUCCAGCCGCAGGUUCAGACUGUGAACCCAGAUAAGUCAGCCACCAUCAGCUGUGAACACACAGCAAGCAGCAGCACUGUGAAAGACAUCCGACUCAACAGCAUUUCAACAGGAAAACCUUCAAAGCUCUGGCAGAAAGGAAUGAACUGGCGUGAGGGUGAGAACAUCACCGUAUAUCAAGAGAAAGAAAACAAGUAUGUCUUCAUCUUAUUUGGCAUCGGUCCUGAGGCGAUGAGAGUGACGUAUGAGUGUGAGAUCACGGUGCAAAACAAUGAACUAGACAGUUCUGUGAAAGGAACACCCACCAGACUAAUAGAAGGUCGUGGUGAAACAGAGGAUACAUCCACACCUCCUUCUCCACCUCCUUCUAUGACGACUCCUCCGUUGCAGCCAGAUCAGCUCAGGUGGAUUCUGAUUGCUCUGCUGACGCUGACAGUCCUGUACAGCUGUGUCAUCACUUCCCUCUACAUCACAUGGAGGAACAGCAGCAAAGACUGUGAGAACUCCACCUAUGUAGAGAUGAGGAAAGCUCCUCUGCCAAGGAACCAGUAUGAAUGAAAGAAUCCAGAGCAUGGACAGCUGGCGCCACAGUAUCAUCUUUGUCUUGAAUAUUUGAAUACAGUUGUAGCAAAGUGGUACCACAUUAUUAUCCAUUAUAUUAAUGUCCAGGUGAUUUCAUUUUAAAUUGUGCCUGAUUUGAUUUCUCUGACUGGCUCAUGUUGAGAAAGUCAGAUUCUCUCUAAGAAUCUGUUUAGUUGACAAGGGAGACAUUAAUGGACAUUAACAUGUUUAUUUUGUUAUUUUAUCUGCUCACUAAAACAUACAGAAGUCACAGUUCUAGAAUUGAUAAAGAGCAGACUUUAAUUUGAGAGUUGUCGCGUUGUCACAGGAAUCAUUUUCAUAAACAGUCCCCUAUAUCCAAAUAGGACAAAGUCAAAUAAUGCUAAAAUAAAUCCUAAAGCUUUUAUUCUGAUUUCUUUCUCUUGAACAGCAGCAUGAGCAGAUCCAAGGAGUGUCUCAGUCUUCCAGGUCAUAGUAAUCCAAAAGGUGUUUAAAAAAAUCAACUGGACUUGUAGAGUUUUGAGUCGUUUUGCUGCCCAUCUGAGUAGCUUCUUCAGUUCUAGGCACUGAAGGGAAGUUGAGAUUUAAACAGGAAACUUUGUGGGUAAAACUCAUCAGAAUUUUGGUUGACAUGUUUCUGUAAGAACCAGAAACUGGUGCAACUAAUUUCCAUUAAUGGCUGGAUACCUGUCGCUAAAGGGGGAACUGUUGCACCUGAACCACUUUCCAUGCGAAUAGUGCUCUAAUGAAGUCAUUGUCAGUGAGAGGCUUAAGUGUCAAGGUGCGAAAGGUGUUGAAACUUCUUGAGGAAUAAAGUUAAAACUGUAUUGUAAAGUGAUGGCAGAUUAUAUCUGACCACCUCUUCUGUUAAGUUUUUUCCUAUCUCACAUAGACCAUCUGUCUUCUCAUGCUAAGAUUUUGACAUGGAGGUCAAAGGAGUGUCCUUUGUCCCCCCAGGAAAGUAAAUUUCUCUCUCAAUAACACAAUUAUAGAGCCAGAGGGCAGAUGUAAUAGUUAAUAUACUAUAAUAGGAGGGGAUUUCAACCUUGUUUGUAACCUAGAGAUGGACAGAUUCAGUACUGCAGGGAUACAGCACAGGUGGCUGUGUCAGUACAUAUUCAUAAACAGUAUAUGAGUGAUUUUGGUCUUACCACACGCAAUAAAACAUGAAAUAAUCUCAUACUCGUAACACAAAAGGGAACAAGAAAAAGUAAUGAUAUUAAAAUUAGAACAGGAAAGCAAAAUUCUAGAAUACACCUGUGCUGCCUCCACACAAGAGCACAUACUCCAAGAUCUGAGAAAGUUGAAACUUGAAUUAAAUAACAUUAUUGACAAAUGGACCAAACUCCAAAUACAGACUUCACUGGAAUAUUUAUGAACAUUUCAACAAAUCAGGCAACAUCUUAGCUAAUCAACUAAAAAGUAAUAAAGAAAAAUCAUCAAUUUCAACCAUUGCUGUCCCAAUUUACCCAUCAUCUUCAACAUUGAUUCAUUUUUGGAAAAUGUUGUGACUCCAAGGCUAAAUAAAGAUCAGGUCAUGGCUUUGGAUUCACCAAUCUCAGUGGCUGAACUCCAUGAGGCCCUUCAACAUAUGCCACGUAAUAAACCCCCAGGUCCAGAUGGUUUUCCAGCUGAGUUUAAGAAGAACUCUGGCCCCUGCUAUCCCCAUUGUUCUCCAGCAUGGAAACACAAACAAAAGAAAAUCACUUAUUAUCUCCACACCUAAAUUCUGCUAACAUUAACCUGCUUCAUUGACGAUUGACACUUAGUACUCUUAAUAGACUUAUUGACGUGAUCGACUACUCUUUUAUAAUAAUGGCUAAUAAACAGGAAACGACUAUUGUGUCCUUAUACACAGAAAAGGGAUUUGACAGGGUGAACUAGAAAUUUGUCUUUGCCGUCCUUAACAAAUGUGGAUUUGGAAACUCCUUCAUACACGGGUUUACAUGCACGUGAAAAAAAAAUGCCUAAUUUGGCUCUAACUGGACAACUUAAGUGCAUGUAAUCACGUUACUCCGAAUUCAGUUUUCUUCUGGCAUGUAUACGCUUAAUCGGACUUGUGUGACCCCAGAACAAAAACAUCCAAGAAAGCCAGUCCCAGAAGAAGAAGGUAAACAGAGCUCGUAGAAGAACUGUCUAAGGGAUAGCGCAUAUCUUAUCUGCACCAAAAGUAGCGCGCACAUUACAUAUGAGAUGAAAGAUGUACUGUUAUCCAUCUAGUUGUUGUUUGAAAUGCCGGGCUGCCGCAUGAACGAUUCUUGUUUAUUAUAUGACGCAAUAGGUCAUAUAAUAAACAAGGAGGAGGAGGACAUACCCCCUCCCCCUCACUCUUUUCAAUUUUCAUAGAACCAUUACCAGCACUUACAUGACUAAAUGCAAAUAUAGAAGGAAUCCAAACAAAAAACACAAACCACAACAUUAGUCUCUAUGUAGAUGAUGUUGUACUUUUACUUUGAAGCUCACAGACCUCACUUUCUAUGGUAGUGACAGUCAUCAAAGAAUUCUCAUUUGUCUCAGCUUUCCCAGUUAACUGGUCUAAUACUACCAGUUAACUGUAGAUUCCACUCAAUCACUAAACAUUAAAUCAAUAUUUUCCUUCGGGCUGUCAGAUCUUAUCAAGGCUAAAUUUCACCCCACAAAACCAUAGAGAAUGGCCUCAUGCACUGGAGAAACUUGCCUUUAUCGUUAUUCGGAAGAAUUGCUACAAUAAAGUUGAUGGUCUUGCCGAGAAUAAACUAUUUAAUCUUAAUGAUACCCACAAACCUUCCUCUGUUAGGUUUAAACUAUUAGACUAAAGCAUCUCCAAACUUCUAUGGAGAAAUAAAGCACCAAGAAUUACUCUAAAAACUCUGCAGAAGAGGAAAGACUUCUAGAAGGUCAACAAUUACCCAAUCUUUGUCAUUAUUUUCUUGCUAACAGACUUCAAUAUACUUCAAAAUGGAUUAACUCCAAUCAUGACAUUUACUCAUGGUUUGAUAAUAACAGAUGGCUUGUAAAGAAAUUAAUUCAUCUGUUUUACCAUUCAUUAUCUACACAAUUAAAAAUCAUGGCCACUUUAAAAGCAGUAGCAAUAAAUUGAGUAUCAGCAAAAAAAAAAUUGCUCACAGUCCGGGUUGGGAGUCUAGGUGGCAGAUUUACACACACACAUUACUCAUGGACACACAUCCUCACUAACAUUAUCACACACAGUAUUUAUAUUUACAGAUAUAGUAUACACACAGGUAAACUUAAUGAUAUACUUCAGCUGCAGUAUCACCUUCAUGAUGGAUGAAUGUGUGGCUUGAAUGCAGAUUUUUUUUUUUUUUGGAUUGUAGCUGUGUUUGGUUUCAGUGUUGCUGUUGUGUGAACCUGUUAAACCAUAUUGUCUGCUUCUUGCUUGCUCUGUCAUUUCAUGUUUUGAAUUAUGUGCAUUAUAUUUCUAAAUGAAUGAUUCUAUUUUUGUUGCUGAUAUAGCUGGUAGGAGAUGUCUCUAUUCCGUCCCCAGUAGCAGUCUUCGCUAGUAAGAAUAAGAGCUUUGAUUUUAUUGCAAUUGAAAAAAGAGGUGAUUCGUAGAUAAACUUGUGGCUUUGAGUCCCACAGAGGACGUGGAUGUUUUUCCAGGGGAGAUCUGCUGCUGGUGGACGGCUGAGUUCACCAUAACAUGUAGAAACUACUUUCUAUUGUUUUCCGAAUGUUUUUCUUGUCAUCAUGAAUCUUUGUUCUUAUAUUGUGUAUGUUAUCAAUAAAAAUUUAAA